UAGAGUCAGGGAAGCUAUAAGGGAAGAAGGCUUCUGGUGAGGCAAGCCAGAUAUGGCUUUUGGGGGCACAAAAAUGGUGGUAGGGUGUGUGUGCACUCACUGGCAUUGAGAGGUGGGGGAAGAGACCCUCCCUCUUAAUCAGGAUGGGUGAGGUCCUUGAUUGCAAGUAUGACCAGCUGAUUAGUCCAAUUUGCAUCCAGAUUCUUGUUUAUGACAACGAGGCUGGUGUCCCUUCCCCCCACCCAUCAAUAAAGCCUGCCCUAAAGCCUGCUGAGGGAUGCCCACAAUAACUUUGUGGGGCUAUUUUAGAAAGCACCCCUACACAUGUGUCAGGGGGCGUGUCUCCCAGAGUAUUUCCAAACUUCCAUAUAUGUGCAACAUCUAGCUGAAAUAUGGCCCCGGUAGCCAGUAGUGAAAUAUUUUGGCCUCGUUUGAAGCCAGACCCCACUCUAUCUGGGCCUGACUGAGUCAUGGGGUUCCAUUCAACGACGAUUCCGUCCCAUUGUUUCUGCAGAACAUUCCGAAGCCAUCAGGGGCAGGAGAAUGCAGAGAGAGGGAGUGAUCCAGUUUCCCAAGUGAUGGUUGGAGGAAAGCACUCACCGUGGACCAUACCAAUUAAACAAGUUCACCCACGCUGUUGCGGUGAUGUCAUGGUUGCCUUUGUGACCAGAGAGUGAGGUAGAGGCGGUCCCCAGCACUUUGAGACUAUAACCCAUUGGCGGAUCUCACAGAAGGCUCCUUGGGUGCCCAUUCAAAAUGUCGUUCAGAAGUGGUAGGUCAAAAAGCCCAGGGCCUUCACGGAAAAGGAGUCCUGGGCCCGCGCGAUCCAAGAGUCCAGCACAGAGGUCUGUGAGUCCAGGAUGUGUGAGAAUCAGGACUCCUUCCCCGGGAUAUCCGAUGGGCCAGUCGGCCAGGUCCAGAGCCUCUUCGAAAGAAAGAGGUUCUACCAAGAUGCGGUCACGUACUCCGGAGAGAGAUAUUGUGAAGACCGGAGCGGUGGUGAUCGAUACGGGUACCGGGACGUGUAAAGCGGGGUUCGCAGGACAACAGACUCCCCAAUCUGUCAUUGGGACUUUGGUUGGUCACCCUACAGAGAAGUCCAUGAGGACUAGAAGAGACAGACCAGAUACGUAUGUUGGGGAACGAGCGAGGACAGAGCCCGACCUUGAUGUCAUCUUGCCGGUAAGGCAUGGCAUAAUCGUAGACUGGGAGGCGGCAGAAGUGCUGUGGAGACACCUCUUCUACCAUGACCUCCAAGUUGCCCCGGAAGACCAUGCACUCUUAAUGUCCGAUCCUCCACUCUGCCCGACCACAAACCGCGAGAAGUUGGUGGAGGUUGUCUUUGAGUCGCUCAACUCCCCGGGGAUGUACGUGGCCUAUCAGUCUGUGCUGUCGGUCUACGCCCAUGGCAAAAUCAGUGGCAUGGUGGUAGACACGGGAUACGCAGUGACGCACACCGUGCCCGUCCAUCAGGGGUACAACUUGCCGCAUGCCACGGAAAGGAUGGAUAUCGGUGGCACAAACAUUACAUCUUUUUUGAUGAACCUCCUACGGGACAUGGGGCAUUACUUUGACGAAAGGAUGUUGGAUGUCGUUGCUGACAUCAAGCAAAAAUGCUGUUAUGUUGCCCUCGAUUUCGACGCCGAGUGGAAUCGUCCCAGGAGAGAAUAUAUGGUCGAUUACCAGUUGCCUGACGGCCAAAUCAUCAGUAUGGGGAAAGAGAGAUUCCAAUGCCCGGAGAUGCUGUUCAACCCUCCCCAGAUGCCCGGUCUGAACCUUGUCGGGAUCCAUGGUAUGGCCCAACGAAGCUUAAGGAAAGUCCCUGAAGAACACCGGAAGGACAUGUACGAGAACAUCAUGCUGUGCGGAGGCUCAUCCCUCUUUGAGGGGCUGGAAAAGCGCUUUACCCAUGAACUCAUGGCCAUGGUGCCCACCAACACCAAAGUCAAAGUCACAGCCAACCCAUUGAGGAAGUAUUCCGUCUGGACCGGAGGCUCCAUCCUUGCAUCCCUGAGGAACUUCCAGCCCUGCUGGAUUAGGAAGGAGCAGUACCAAGAGUCCGGGCCUUACAUCGUCCACAGGAAGUGCUACUGAGAUGACUGGAUGAACCACGAAGGUAGCUUGUGGCCGAGAUGGCUGGAAAAGAAAUCAAUAAAUCAAUCUGUUUGCAUAAGCUGGAAA